CCCCCCAAUCUUUUAAGUCAAUGCAUAUUGUGGUGACACCGGCAAAGGAGCCCUCACGGUGGAGUCGGCCAGGGCUGUGCGUUCCCAAAAUAUGACCAGGGGUGCUUGGAUGUGCAGUCGGCAGUAUGAUGACGGCUUAAAAAUCUGGUUCGCACCCCGGGAGAACGAAAAACCCUUCACGGAUUCAGAGAGGGCUCAGAAAUGGCGACUGUCCCUGGCAUCGCUCUUGUUUUUCACAGUCCUGCUCUCUGAUCACUUGUGGUUCUGCGCCGAGGCCAAAUUCACGGGGACCGGAGAGAAGGAGCAGCCGCCGCCCGAGAAGCCCGAGCCCGCGGAGCCGGAGCUGCUGGCGGGCAUGGGGGAGCCGGCGCCCCCCGCGCCCCGGCUCCUCGCCCCCCCCUCGCCCUCCCUCCCGCCCUCCCCCGGCAGCAGCGGCGGCGGCGGCCGCACCAACGGCACCGAGCCCCGGCACGGCAAGGCUGCUUUCCUGGGGAACUCCACCGCCAGGCCCCUGGAGACGUGCUCCCCCCCGAGCUCCUCGUCCGGGCAGUGCUUUAGCGUGGGGGACGCUGAGGCGGUGUGCCGGCGGCGGGGGGGGCCGGGGCGGCCGCGGGGCGCGGGGCAGAGCCCGGCGCCCGGCUGGGACCUGACGGAUUUUUACCUUUCCUUUUGUAAUUCCUACACACUUUGGGAGUUGUUCGCCGGAUUGUCCAAUCCGGACACUUUGAACUGCAGUCUGGAUGUGGUGCUGAGGGGGGGAGGCUCCUGCAGCCAGUGCGUCCAGGCUUACCAGCGCUACGACCAGCACGCUCAGGAGAAAUACGAAGAGUUUGAGGUUAUGCUCCAGAAAUAUUUACAGUCGGAUGAGUACUCGGUGAAAUCGUGUCCUGAGGAUUGUAAGACUGUCUACAAAGCCUGGCUCUGUUCCCAGUAUUUUGAAGUCACACAGUUUCACUGCAGCAACAGAAUUCCUUGCAAGCAAUACUGUUUGGAGGUUCAGACAAGGUGUCCCUUUAUAUUGCCAGACAAUGAUGAUGUCAUCUAUGGAGGACUAUCAAGUUUCAUCUGUACAGGGCUCUAUGAAAACUAUCCAACCAAUGCAGAACCAGAAUGCUGUGAUGUCAGAUGGGGACUAUUAUCAGAUCAUCAAUCCAAAGGGACUAUAAAAACAAGUGGCUCAACAAUGUGUCACAGGACAUCGCUCACAGUUUCAUCAGCAUCAAGACUGUGUAACAGCAGACUUAAACUGUGUGUUCUUGUAUUAAUUCUCUUACAUACAGUACUUACAGUCUCAGCAGCACAGAACUCAACAGGACUGGGUUUUGGAGGCAUAACAACUUUAGAAGAUAAUUCAACCAAUGAGGAAUAAAAGGAAGGAUUCAUAUGAUAGAAAUACAACAGGCCCAAAUGACUACAGUCAAAACUAGCAAGGACUGAGUGCUUUAACCUCAGAUCUCUUCUUGAAUGACCUUUUGGGUAAAAUGAAAAGAAUGGGCCACUACCCAAACAAGGACACAUGAACACAGCUUUUUAUUGACUAAAAGGCUGUAUGGUGACUUAAAUUUCUCACACCAUUUUAUACACUGUGUUUUAAUGUUUGGAGUUUCUUUUUUGUUUGUUUUUUGCACUUGUUAAUACAGGAUUUUAUUUUUGGGACGGUUUCUCAAAGCUAAAUUAAGUCUUUUCUCUGUCGAUAUAUUUCUAGUCAUUGUGUGUGUUCAUCUGAUAGUUCUGUCUUUUAUGUCCUGUCAGUUUCUAUUAGAGGAAUGACUGCUAUGAUUCCAUGACAUAGCAAAUAAAUAAAUAAAUAAAUUUUAAAAACCACAAAAAAAAACAAAAAAAAAAACCAAAAAACCCCAAAACCCAUAAAAAGAACAACAAAACAAAAUUUAACAAAAAAAAAAAAAAAAAAAAGAAAAAAGAAAAAAAAAAGCAACCAAAAAAAUACCUAAACAAACCUAACUGUCCUCUUACCAAUGGGAACCAUUCAUCUCCUUUCCCCUUCCCAUCUCCCAUCGCAGACAACAUACAUUUGCUUCUGUCUGUGUAAUCACAAUGAAUGGGUACACAAUUCCAGUGUGCCUCUGCCACUGUUGCACAAACCAGUUGACUGAGCAAACCCAAAAGGAGCAUGAAGGGGGUUCCUUUUAGCUGAACAAACAAGUGCUCUCCUUAUAAGGUGGGAUCGGACAGUUAAAAAAUGUAAAGAAAUAUAUAACAAACUGUUGCUCCAAUACCCGUUUUGAAGAAGUCCAGUCCUUUCUCACUGGUCAGUUGAACAGGAGCAGCCUUUUUUAGAUAUGCUAUGUAAAACCAGUUAUGCUCAGCAAGUUGAGUAGUUGGGAAGCCUUCAUAUUGGAGGUGAAGGAUUGGCAUUCAUUGUGAAUUACGUUUUGAGUUCUGCUGUCACAUAACCAGCAGCUUUCCAUAAGGAAUGGGAGCAAAAAGCUUCCAAAAUCCAAGUCUUUCUGUCUCAACAAAAUUACACUAGAAGCCUUUGAGCAUCUACAAUACAAAGUAUCUCUUUGGUUUUGAUUCCAUUGUUUUUCUAAUAUCUACAUGUUGUUGAAAGUUACUCUAGUUAUUAAGGGUGCACAAGAAUGUGUUAGCACAGAUAAAGAACUAUUUUUUUUUAAAUAUAUAGGACAACAGUUUUCAUAAAUGUGCAAUAAAACCAGUAAAGAUAUACUAGGAUAUGAGUAGUCAAGAGAAAAGAUUGUAAUAUGAUUGCUGAUUUUUCGUUGUUUGGGGUGAUUUUUAAUUUGUUUACUUUUAUUUUUGUGGGAACAUUUCACCUGCCGAGUGUAUGAGAAUUUGCUUUUUUUAAAGGCUUUUUAGAGUUUACAGUAGAAUCUAUGGAAGGAAAAGUUAAUAAGGGCUGUUUUUAAAAACUUUACAUUCCUUCCUAUUCUCUAACUACACUUGGGAAGUGCACUUUAGAGAUGUUUGCUGUGUAGCUGGGAGAUGAAGGAAAACUAUAGAAAAUGUUCUCUUAGGAAAUAAAAUAUAGUUACCUACUUUCUAGCUAUGAAAUACCCCUUGAUAAAUAUUAAUGUUGUAAGAACAUUUAAUCACUGGUGCAUAAUGCGUUUUUGUAUACACUUUAUGGUCUGUUAAAUUCUGGAAAAAAAACAGAAGGAAGAUAACCAUGCUGCUUAAGCGGUUCAAGAUACACAUGUUAAGCUGCGAAAGCUCAAAUAUUUUGCAAGAUUAUUUGUUUUGAUAGUGUUUUACUACAACCUGGACUGAGGAGCCUAAAAUGAUCUGUGCAAAUAUGACAACAACAAAAAAGCACCAGCUAAUGCAAAAUUCUUCAGCACUGCUUUGUUUCUAUAAUUCCUCCCUUCCCUUCUUUGCACAUGCUAUAUUUUGUUCAAUAAAACAUGGUGCUUUUUAGUUAUUUUAUUUUCUGUUAGAGGCACAUGUGUUAAUUACAUUGAAUUAAUGCAAAAUUGGGGAAAAAUGUAGAAACGCAAAUGAAAAAGCCUUAACUAGUGGUAGAAUGCAGACUUUUGAAAGGACAGAGACGUUACUGAAAACGAUGGAGCAAUAACUGGGCAGUGCUCUGGUACUGUACAACAGCUGAUGAGUCACACUACUGAGAAAGCUCUUACUAGGUGAGCUCUUGUUCAACUGACCUCUUAAUUCUAGUAAGUGUACAUGGUCAGUAAACAGUUUGUUAUAACCUUUAUCUACCUCUGCUGUGCAAAGGCCAUCCAACAUCCAUUUCUGUGAUGUUCCUCAUGGUUUUUUGUUCACACCAUUACUCACUGUCAUCUAUUUUUACACUGUACCAAUACAGUAGCAAGUCUGGUUCAUCCCAAUUGAAUUGACACAUGAAGAGUUAUUAUUUCUGUUUUGCCUCAUGGUGAAUUAAUGUAGAGAGCUACCUUUAAGGCAUUUUCUUUCUUCUUUCCUGCUCUUCUUCAUCCUUCAUCCCUUAUUUUUCUAUAAAAAUGUUUUUGAGUCGUGUCAGUGAAAAAUAUGACUCCUCCACUGCUUGGCUACACUCAGUCAUGUGUAAUACAAUACGAGAGAGACAUGAGGAAAAACAGUGACAACAUCAUCACAUGCAUAAAGUAGCCAAAUUAAACUUGGGCAAAAUGAAGCAGAAAACAAUUACAGACUUUCAAUUAUUACAGAAGUACAAGAUGUAAUAAAUUCCUCCCCCUCUCCCCACCUGGGGUUAGUGCCUGCAGUUCAACGGUCUGUGAAUUUUGUCAUCUUUUUGAGAUCUAUUUCUUUAAUUUUUGAAACAAAGAGUCAUGUUGCAGAGGUGACUACUGCUGGGGUAUCUGUUGCAAUUUUCACUCCAGCAGUGUGGUAUGCAGCUUCUCUUGGUGGCACCUGGGACAUCAGGAGUAGACAAAGACUCUUCUAUGAAGUUAAGCAACACGUAAUCAUGUAUGAUGCAAAGUUUCAUUCCAUCCAUUCCUCAUUCGUAAUAGUUUUCCUGGCACAAACUUAAGCAUGCUUGAAAUUGUGCACAUAUUACUUUUUUGCCAGAAUAAAUUUGCAUCUUGCCACUGCUGUAACUGC